AUGCCCGGAGACCUUGUCAGCACAGAGCCCUUCAACUAUUUAUUGCUUGCUACAUGUAGAAAAACAAACAUUCUUGGCUGUGACGACUUCCCUAAGAGAACAUGCCAAGCAAAGGAUCCCCAUCAUUGCUCUCUAGAAGAAGAGAAGAUGAAACACAAGAAAACAUGCCUAGUGCAGAGCCCCAGUUCCUACUUUAUGGAUGUGAAAUGUCCAGGAUGCUCUAAAAUCACCACAGUGUUUAGCCAUGCACUAACGGUAGUCUUGUGUAUUAGCUAUUCCACUGUCCUCUGUCAGUCUACAGGUGGAAAGCCAAGGCUGACAGAAGGAUGCACCUUCAGGAGGAAGCAGCGCUGA